AAGACAAUGACAAUCAGAGAGAGAUGGAAUUAAAAGAUCAGCAACAGAAAGAGAUGGAGAAAGAAAAGAUGAUUAUGAGAGAAAGGGAGGAAGCAGGAAGAAGAAAGGAAGGGCAGAAAAAUAUUUUGGGGGAAAUUGAGGGACAGAAUGAACUGGAGAUAGAACAGGAGAGAGAGAUGGAAGAAAAGCAGGAAGUGAUUAAGGAAGCAGAGGAAGAGUACAGGGAAAGAGAAGAGAGAGGAAAGGAAGUAAGCAUGAAGAAACAUGUAGUAGUUAAUGUUAAAGCAAAAGCACGGGAAGUCUUCAAUAGGCGUAAAGAGAGGAGGUUAGAAGUGUUGAAGGGGGAGCGAGAACACAUAGAAAGAGGACAACAAAUCAGGAGGGAGAAGGAGGAAAGACGGCUGGAGAUGGAAAGAAAACAGGAGAGGGCAAGACAACAAGAGGAGCAGGAUAAAAAACGAGAGAUUGAAAUUGCUAGACAGAAAGAAAUGUUGAGACUAAGAGAGGAGGAGAGGCAGAGAGAGGAAGAGAGAGAGGAGGAGAGAAAGAAAGCCAUUAAAUCCCAUUUAUCUUUAAUCAGAGAGAGAGAAGAAAUAAUACAGGCAAAAAAAAGAGAGGAGAUGGUGGAAGAGGAAAGAAGGGAGAUCCUUGAGUACAAGAGGGGUGACUUAGAGGAGGAGGAGAAGGAAGAUGACAAGGAGGACAUUCUCCCACCCGAUAAAAGUAUCCGAAGGAGAGCUGUGGGCUGGGUGAAUAAAAAAUGGGAGAAGAGGAACCUCAGAAAGAUAGAGAGAACGUAUCAGAGAGAGGCUGAGGAGGGCCAUAAGAUCGUCCACAUAGCCAUCCCUGGACACACAAGGCUAACAUCCACCAUGACCCGGGCAGAGAGAGAGAGGGAGAAGAGGAAGGAGCUGCUGAAGGCUGAGGAGAGAAGGAAGAAGAUGGAGGAUUUCAAUAAGCAGUGGAGAGAGCGGUCCCUGCUUAAAAAACAGACUCAUCAACAACUGAAGGAGGAGAGGGAGAGGAUGAAGGAAAACUACCUGGAUCAGAUGAAUCUGGAGGCUGAUGCUCAAAUCAACACCCGGUGUCUAACCACCCAACACAGCCACGAUUACAACCACGGUCAGGAGUUGCCCGGGUGGGCCAAUGGCCAACAAGUAAGCCAAGAGCCCACUGGAUCUGCUGAUGGCCACCAGGAAAGGCCAAGGAGGCAACAGGCAUGGGCAGAGAACCAGGAGGGGAUUUCAGAGAACCAGCAGGAGGGGCCAGAGAACCAUCAGGGGGGGCCAGAGAACCAUCAGGGGGGGCCAGACAGCCAGCAGCUAGAAGCUCCAGAAGAGGUUGAAACAUCAGAGCGAAUAUCCAAGACAAAGAAAAAGCCAAGCAUCUGGAAGAAAAUUAGGAUGAGCCUUCCUGACGUGCUGUCUGCCUAGAGCUGGAACUCGAUGAAGCCACAGUUCCACUGAGGUUACGUUGGUAAUUAAAAGUGUCGCCCAAUAAUUCCUCCUCCUCUUUAAGUCAUCGAGCCACAUUUCUUCCUCAAAACAUUAUAGUCUCCUCAAGCCAGCAAGUAUCCUCUUUAUCAGGCAACAAACCAUCGAAGGUCAGUGACCCUCCUCCCAAGAACAGAGACUCUCAUCUGUAUCCUAGUUAAAUUCAUCUCUGCUUACCACCUCUACAGUCCUAGAAAAUAUCCCAAAAA